UAACAAUUAAAAUGGCCAAGACCAGAUCCCAGGCUACGCCAACCAAGUCCCCUAAGUCUGUUAAAAAGGCUGCUGCCUCUCCAGCUGCUCCAUCUCCUUCCGUCAAGAAGGUCAAGAACAUAAAAAACAAAAAGGUUGUGAAAUCUGCACCAAAGGAAACCACUGUUGGUACUCCAACUAAGAAGGCUGCUGCCAAGGAAGUCAAGCCAGCUAAGAAGGCUGCUGCUAAGCCAGCCAAGAAGCAAGCUGACUCAUCUGACUCCACCACUACUACCACUACCACCACCACCACUUCCUCUAUAGUUCCAGCUGCUGCCGCUUCUCAAGCUAUUGCUCAGCUCAUUAAGUUUGCUCAAAGAGAAAACACUUCGUCUGAAAAGCCAGGUUUGUUCGAAGACGAUGCUGAAUCUCAAAACCUUUACCUCCAAAUAGCUGCCAAGAAAUACUAUUCUUCUAAGCCAAAUUUCAAGCCAAAGGUCAUCAGGUUGAGCCACCCUAUCCAAGACAAGGACUCUAUUAAGACUUGUUUGAUUGUACGUGACCUGUUGAUCACUACCAACGAACAAUUGGAAAAGAUUGAAGCUGAAAACUUGCCUACUUUAAAACAAAUUGUCCUGUUAAAGCAAUUGAAAACUGAAUACAAGCCAUACGAAAAACGUCGUCAAUUAUAUUCUGAAUACGAUUUGUUCUUGGUUGAUGAUGCCUUGAUGAACACUUUACCAACUGUUUUGGGUAAGGUUUUCUAUGGUUCUAACACUAAGAUUCCAUUGCCAGUUAGAGUUACUUCUGCCACCAACCCUAAGGAAGUUUCUGUCGUCACCAUCAGUAACCAAUUGAACAAAUGUUUGGAAAGCACAUACUACUUGCCACCAGUUGGUGUCAACGUAUCUGUCAAGUUUGGAAGUAUCGAAAUUGAACCAAAGGAACUUGUUCAAAACUUGAAUGAUGUGUUGGCUCUGUUUGAUAAGGAAGCCUUGAAGAGUGUUUCUGUCAAGACUGAGCAAUCUCCAUCCUUGCCAUUGUUCUACACCGACUCCUUGUAUAGCGAAGAAGACGUCUUGGAAGAAGAAGAAUCCAAGGCCAAGAAGGCUUCCACUGAUGAAGUUAAGCUUUCUACUUUCGAGAAGGGUUUGUUGGAAUUGGGUGAUGUUGAUGAAGUUGCCAAGCUUAUUGGUAAGAAGAUGAACCCAAGGGGUAAGAAGGUGACAGGUAAGGUCACCAAGCCAAAGAAGGCUUAGUUUAUUAUUCUCCAUAGGCUUUAAAGCAAAUAGAAUUCAUGUCAUUAAUUUAAAA